AUGACCCCAGAGUCACAGCCAGCUGCUGUUGUGGCUCCUCAGUUUCAGGGUUUGCCAAUUCCAAGUAUUGCUAUUCGCCUAGUUUCCCAUCCUAGUAUGACGAUGGAGGAGCAAAAGAGGUGGGAUAAUUUUGAGAAGAUGAAGCCACCACAGUAUGAUCGGUGUCCUGAUAAUGAUGCGUAUGAGUUUCUGAUUAGCUUUCAUAAGAGACUGCACAAUUUGUGGUUGAUUGAGUCCAAUGGAGUUGACUUCGCAGCAUUUCAGAUGGUUGGCCUCACCAAGCAGUGGUGGAGGGUUUUCAUUGAGACUAGGCCAGUUGGGUCACCUCCACAUAAUUGGGCUACGUUUUAUCACGUAUUUCUUGAGAAGUGGGUGCCUCGUAGCUUAAGGGAUAAGAGACGUGAGCAGUUUGACAGCGAGUUAGGGGAUUUAGCCAGGGAGUGCCCCAAACCUAGGCAGGGUGGCUCACACUUAGGUUCUCAGAUUGAUGUACCUAGGGAAACGGUACAACCGACUAGAAGUGGUGCACAAAGUUCCAUAGGUGGUUCUUAUUCUGGUAGAGGUGGUGCUCAGACAGGCCGUGGUGGUGGAUGCGGAGGUUCUCAGGCCGAGGGAGGUCGUGCUCAGUGCUAUGCAUAUCUAGAUUUUGUGCCUGGUACUACUGGAUCUCGAGACUAUGCGGUUGCUCAUUUAGGAGGUCAUCUGGAGAGUUCAGGUUUGAAAUCCACUAUAUGCAAUCCUAUCAUUACAUAUAUGAUUGAUCAAAAACCACCUUCAUCACAAGAAUCCCAUAUGUAUCUUGAUCUAUCAUCAUCACAAACUACCUUAGAAAAACAAGAAAAUCCCAAAGAGAUGCAAGAAAAAACUCCAAAUUACUUGUUCUUUCUCCCAUCAAGAAUCCUCCAUGAAACUAGAGCUCUUUUCAACCUUGCUUUCCCUAUAGCACUCACUGCCUUGAUUCUCUAUUGUCAUUCAAUUCUUUCAACUUUUCUUGGACAUCUUGGUGAUACAGAACUAGCUGCUGGUUCUUUAGCUAUUGCAUUUGCUAAUAUAACAGGUUAUUCAGUACUCUCUGGUUUAGCUCUUGGAAUGGAACCUCUUUGUUCUCAAGCUUUUGGUGCUCAACGUCCUAAACUCCUCUCUUUAACUUUACAAAGGUCUGUUAUUUUCCUUCUUUCUUGUUCUUUACCCAUCUCAUUCCUUUGGCUCAACAUUUCACACAUUCUUCUUUAUUUAAAUCAAGAACCCAAUAUCACCUUUUUGGCUCAUACCUAUCUUAUUUUUUCACUUCCCGACCUUAUCACUAAUUCUUUUAUUCAUCCCAUUCGUGUAUACCUUCGGGCUCAAGGUAUUACAUAUCCACUCACAUUGGCUUCUUUAGUCGGAACCAUUCUACAUUUACCUAUCAAUUAUUUGUUCGUUUUUCGGCUUCGGCUUGGCGUGGCUGGCGUUGCGGCUGCUUCGGCUACAUCUAAUGUGGCUGCACUCGUCACCCUUAUUUUGUAUAUAAAAAUUAAUGGCUUACAUAAGCCGACUUGGAGGAACCCGAGCUUCAAAUGCUUGAGCGGCUGGAAGCCGCUUAUUCGACUAGCCGCGCCGAGUUGUGUUUCUGUUUGCCUAGAGUGGUGGUGGUAUGAGAUCAUGAUAAUUUUGUGUGGAUUAUUAGUGGACCCUAAGGCUACUGUUGCAUCAAUGGGUGUGUUGAUCCAAACGACGUCGUUACUUUAUAUAUUCCCUUCUUCUCUCGGGUUUGCGGUGUCGACUCGGGUCGGUAAUGAGCUUGGAGCAAGUCGGUCCGAUAGGGCCCGGGUAUCAGCCAUAGCAUCUAUGUGCUUAGCGGGCCUAAUGGGCUUAUUAGCGAUGAUAUUUGCAACGCCAAUGAGGAAUUUAUGGGCUAAAAUGUUUACAGCCGAUGUCAAUAUUUUACGAUUGACAUCGGCUGCAUUGCCGAUUUUGGGGUUGUGCGAGAUCGGAAACUGCCCACAAACCGUCGGGUGCGGGGUGGUUCGUGGUACGGCCCGGCCCUCCACCGCAGCUAAUGUGAAUCUUGGAGCAUUUUAUCUUGUGGGUAUGCCAGUGGCUGUUGGGCUUUGUUUUCGGUUAGGUUUGGGCUUUGUUGGGCUUUGGAUUGGAUUACUCACGGCCCAAGUUUGUUGUGCUGGACUGAUGUUGUAUGUGGUAGGGACCACAAACUGGGAUUAUGAAGCAAUGAGGGCACAGGUGCUCACGCGCACAGGAUGUGGAGAAACGACGCUACUUGGUGAUUGUGACAAUGAAGAGGAGCCGUUGAUUUGCGUGAGAGUGACCUCAUCAUGA